CACAACAUCACGACGAACGACAGUCAAACGGUCUCCCGUGUGAAAAUUCGUUAAAAAUCGUCAAAAACUAAGAAAAAUAUUCAAAAUAAAAUACAAAGAAAUGCAUUAAAGCAUCUAAACAAGUGUUUCCUAUCGGAUUAAGUGUGAACAUAAAAUAUUGCAAAAUAAAAUUUGUAUUAAAAAUGCAAUAUUUUGGUGCUGUACCUGCUUCUGCUUUUACUUCUACUUCUACUGCGGCUACAUAGUUCGACCUCUGCACGCACCAUUCGUAUCGGAUUCGAUUCGCAUUCGAGUCGUUGAAUCGUUGAUCAAAUCAAACCAACCUCAACCAUCUCUUCUCCAUCUUCAUCUGCUUCUCACCAUCAUCCUCCUAGUUCAAGAAGAAGAGAAGCACACCAUCAACAGCAGCAGCUGCUGUACUUGCGAGUUGCGACAGCGACUGCGACAGCACUAACAAGGAAUUCAAGUCUUUUUUUUCUCUUUUAAUGUUAACUCACUCAAGGUUCAAAGAAAAUUUAAAAAAAAAAUUAAGUGAAAAUGAAGCCAAUUUCCAAAAUCUAAUAAAUUUUUGUGUUAAAUAUUGUAUAAAGUUUCCUGUGAAUUAAAUUCUGCUGUAGCUGCGGUGCUUAUUUAAAAAAAGAAUCAAAAAAUUCAAUAAAAUUUUAAGAAGAAAUAAAAACGGAUAACCAAAAGUGUACUCUUAUUCUUGUGUCUGCUUAAUCCUCAAACCUCAAUGUGAAAAGCGAAACAAAAGGAAAAUAAAAAUAAAAUAUUUUUCAGGUUUUUAUUGUGUGGUGAGGUGAGGUGCCCAACCGUCGUGCGUGUUGUGAGUGUAAUGAAAUGUAAUUCGUUUUAUUGCUCGUCUUUCGGAAUUGCCCUGAAUUUUCCGCGAAUGAAGAAAAUCAUUUGGGCCCCGACGAGAUUUGCCGCUUCCUAAGAAAAUUGAAAACCGCCAAUGAGUCGACGACAGUCCUUGGAUCGACCAGGAAUACUGUCUCCUCCGGGUCCGUUUUUAACACCCAGUCCGUCGCCAUCUGUUUCAGCCAGUCCACGCUUGCAGCCUUCACCAUCAAUAUCGCCAUUCCCUCAAGAUGUGUUAUUGGUAACUGGCAAUACAAUUACCAACACGACUCAGGAGCAGGAACGCAAGGCGGCGACGCCUGGCAGACGUCAAUCAAUCCACCAAUAUACAACUGGUAGUCCAAAUGCUGGCACAGUGGUAUUCCAACCAAGUCCCUCGCAAUCACCAGCGGCUGCAACAACAGUCAUUGGUGUUACGGGCAAUGAAUUCAAUACAACCCUCGUUGGAUCAAAUAAUAUUUCAUUGAAUAAGAAAGCUAAUAAACGUACAUCACAAGGAUUCACUGGCUAUGGGGGGCAGACACAAGCAAUUAAUACAUCCAAUUCGUUUGCGACAGCAAAUGUGGCUAGUAGCCCAAAAGGGCAAACGAAAAAAGCCACAAUCGUGCCCACAUCGAUAAUUCACAACAAUAGCAGUAAUUCAAAUAGUCACCAACAGCAGCAACAGCAGCAUCAGAUUCAUCAUAACAAUCAACAAAACCAUCCACAUCCGGGCAGCAGUCCUUUGACAGCGGAAAGUCCGAUAGCCAGUCCGAGUGGUAACGGUGGCAUUAAACCACCAACCCCUCAACCACCUCCGCCACAGAUGUUGCAACAAUUUCCGAUGGUCGGCGCUGCUGGCAAUCAAAUAUUUCAAUUCAUACAAUCACCACAAUUGAUUGCCGCAACACAGCAGCAACUGAUCGCACAGCAAAGCAGCCAACAGCAACAACAGAGGGGCACCGCCACAGUUCAAACGCACCAGCAACAUGCUGCCAAUCAGCAGCAACAGCAGCAGCAGCUGCAGCAACAACUGCAUCACCAGAUCAAUUUGGCAACUUCGAUGGCUCAGAGCUCGCAUCUGGCGAACAUCGUUACAUCGUCCGCUGGUGCCAGUGGAGUCCUGCACACAGUGACCCACCAAACAACCAAAUCAUCAAAAGCUCCACAGCAAAUUCUACCAAAACCUCAAUCGACGACCAAUGAUAAACUGCUAAAGGGUCAGGUCUCGCAGUCACCUCAGCUACAGCAUUCAAAUGCUGUCAACAAUGCGAACGCGACUGCGCAGUCCUCAGCUCAACAACAAAUUAUUCUGCCUACGGGGAAUCUCAACACUCAGCCUCUUUUGCUCAAUCAAAUGCCAGUCUUAGUUCAACAGAACACACCCCAGGGUGUUCAGCUUAUACUUCGGCCGCCGACUCCGCAGUUGGCAACUCCUUCUCUGGUCAUUCACAACACCCGCCCACAAUUGCAGCAGCAACAGCCGCAGCAACUCCUAAGGAUCCUCAACACGAAUGGUGCUAUGCAGCUGGCGACAACACCGACGUUCAUUGUUUCGUCGCAGGCGAAUCUCAUUCAGCAAACGGCCAAUCUUCAAACCAUCAAGACCAAUUCCACGCAGCCAGCUAUAACCCAGCUGACCGGUCUUCAUGCUGCCUUGGCCUCAGCCUCAGCGGCUCCUCGAUCUCAGCAAUUCAUAAAUAGCCACAUUCUUGGUCAGAGUGUGGCUGCGCAACUGCAGAAUCUCCAGCUUAAUGGCAACCACCUCGCUCAAAUUCAAAUGCCAAAUGGUCUCAAUGGUCAGAUACUCUCUCAGCUGCCCACCCAAUUCCAACAGAGUUUGGCCAGUUUCGGACAGCUCAAUCAGAACAUCAAUCUGAAUCAGCUGAAUAGCACAAACAUCCAGCAAAUUGCUGCCGCGGCAGCAGCAGCUGGUGCGGCAUUUCAAUCGCCACCGCCUCAGCAUGUAGGCGAGCUCCAGAUGUCGGCAACUGGAACAGUUAUACCCUCGCAAAAUAUACAAUUCUCUAGUAUAGCGUCGCCAGCGGUGACUCCCCAGCCGCAGUUAAUUCCAUCGGUGACGCCCGAACCAGCGCGAAAUCCUACCCCAGUAACUCUGCAAAAUGUGAUGUCCAGUCCUCAGCAUGCGAACAAUAACAUCAAUGUUAGCGGUACAGUUCAACAAGUACAAACUAAGACCCAUGAGAUUCCCAUUCACGAGACAAAGGUUCGCAAGACUAAACCAAGAAAGAAAAAGAACCAGCAGCAACAACAACAAGCAACACCAGUCCCUACAACGCCUUCCAUCGGAAUGAUGGCCUCCUCAACAACAGCAACAACAACAACGACUACAAUGCCUCAAAACAACACCAACAGCAGCAUGAAUGACUCAACGAACAGGAAUUCAGUUUCCUCGAACAACACGGAUACAUCUCAGCCCCCAGUGGUAACUCGUACAAAACUUGAUCUCGGUAAUGUUAUGAAAUUGUGUGGAAUUAUGGAAGACGACGACGACUUCAUGGAGUGCGAAGAUCCACCUCCGCCGCUGCAGCCACCACCACCGCAACAGCAACACCAGGAGGAACAAAAACUCUCUACACCCCAGCAACCCAACGAUAUAGUCCUAACAGUUCCCUGUCAGACCAACGAUGUUCCCAUUACGUUCUCGAUUCAGCAGCAGCAGCAACAGCAGCCCAUCAAUGAUGCUCCCAAACCGCCAGCGGAACUAAGAUUACAAGCUGGCAAUGUAGUCGAUAUGAAUGGCAUAGAACCUGGACAGAAUAUUCUAAUUAAGAUUGAUCAGAACGAACCGUAUGCGAUACGAUUUCCCACCGCAGAAGAAAUACAGCAGCAACAACAGCAGCAGCAACAGAUGCAGCCUCAAAUCCAUCUCAGCACGCAACAAGGUCAAAAAACUAUGUCAGCGAAUCAGGGGAUUACGUAUAGCUUUGCUCCGGCCCUGACAAACUCCUCAAUGACCAAUGUCACUUGCGGUAGUAAUUCUGGCCCAACUGUUGUGACGGCGAAUCAUCAACUAGCUCCGAUAUUAAGAAAUGCCGGCGGUACUAUUCAGUCGAGGAUAAAUGAAAUUCAAAAUCAAUUAAUCGCUGUGAGCGGAGCCACUGUGCAGCAGCAACACCAGAUAUUGCAACAGCAUCAGCAGCAGCAGCAACAACAGCAGCAGCAACAACAACAGCAGCAACAACAGCAGCAGCUUCAACAACAACAGCAGCAGCAACAACAACAACAGCAGCAACAGCUUCAACAACAACAGCAGCAGCAACAGCUUCAACAACAGCAACAGCAGCAAAUCCGAAGCUCAGUGAGUAAUGUUGCAUCAACAUCGACAACUUCAGUGACAUCGACAACGAGUACAGCAACCGUGACAACAACGGCGACAGUAAAGCCUCGCAGAAAGCCCGCAGUUCGUCGAAAUGGAAAAAAAGUAGAAGCUGCUCUGGCAGCUGCAAAUGCGGCAGCGGCGGCUGCCCAAGCAGCAGCAGCAGUCGCAGCGGCAUCAUCGACAAAUGCACAUACAACAACGACAACAACUGUUACCGCACCUAACACCACCAAUAAUAAUAAUAAUCAAAGCCUAAUGACGUCCGUAGGUCAAGUUCCUAGCCAAAUUGGCAACAUUCAAAUAUCACAGGUUGAUACGACAAAAACAACAGGCCAAAAUCAACCCCCUGUUGCUGGGACAGUUGAGAAUAAAAUCCAAAUAAUGCCGAUUCUCGACAACGCUGGCGUUAAAAUAGGAAGUCACACUCAGUCCACUACCACACAGCAACAGCAAAUCCACAAUCAUCACCCACCGCAACAACAGCAACAAAUUGUGUUCAAUCAACAGCAACAACAACAAAUCCUACAGCAAGUUCAACAACACCAACAACAGCAACAACAACAGCAGCAGCAGCAACAACAACAACAACAGCAGCAGCAACAAGAAUCAAGUGCCAAAGCAGCAGCAGCAGCAGCUAUUGAAACAGCCAAUGCAAAUAACAGACAAAUAGUGUCACAACAAGUUCCACAAAUCACAGGCAGCGUCUCGACAGCUGUUUCGGCUUUAAUUCCACAAUUGACUGGAAGUCUAAGUCUGGCUUUUACAGAGCACUGUGAACGGCUUCUAUUGCGACAUGAUCCUAAUUCACCGCAGGAUCAACAGUCGCAGUGGAUUUUGCAGGCUCUCCUCAAAGGCGCCCUACCUAAUCUGACAAUAGUAAACGAACCGUCUGGAGUUGGUGGAAGUACACUGGACAAAAGUAAGAUUACCCCAUUCGUCAUGGCUGGGAAUCCAACGUUGAAACAAAACAGCAACAACCAACAAACGGCCACCGGGACGAUGACGAAAACUAAGUCUGGUGGAAUGCAACUGCAGAUAAACAUCCAACAGCAGCAACAGUCUUCAUCUCAGCAGACUGUGCAUUCAGUUGAACCGAAGAAAGUGUCGGAGAGUAAAUCGAACAGCAAAAGCUCUCAACACAAGAAUCAGCUUCAACAACAACAACAACAACAACAACAGAUUCAAUCCCAAAACACAUUAAUUCAACAGCAAAAUCAUCAACACCAACAGCAGCAAACACAGGGACAGCAGCAGCAGCAACAACAACAACAGCAGAACCAACUGCAACAACAACAAAAGCAAAACUCAUUCAUAGUUAAUCAAAAUAACCAGAAAUUUGUGUCCCUUCCCAAAUUGGAAUCCAAUCAGCAGCUCUUUUGUCUCAACACCAUCACCAACCAAAUCACUCAAAUUAAUCCCGGUCAGACGACGGCUUCCCUCGAUCCCAUGGAAAGAUUGUUAAUUGCUCCGGCGGGUAUAAAUGCGCAACAGCUUGCCCAGUGCCUGUCUCAGGGUCAGAUUCAUUUCGAUAAUGUGAAUUCGAACAAUCCAACGCAACAACAGCAAACGACAACAUCAACGUCGUCAACCCCGGUCGCCUCAACGGCUCCAGUGCCACGUAUUCAGCAGCAGCAAAUUGUCCAUCCGCAGCAACAUCAACCAAUUCAACCUCUACAACAGCCAACUCAAGCUCCACCAGCUAAACAGGUUGCAAAUGUCGCACCAAUAAUCGACCAGAGUAAGGCAAAAAUGGAACCAAAGCCGAAGAAGACAAAGCCCCGCAAACCAAAGAUCUGCCUGGAGCCAAACACCGCACCGCCGAAGAAUGCCGUAAAGCCAAUGCCCAAAGUGGAUUUAUCAGUCAAACCAAACACAAAUCCUGUGCAGAUAGUUCAGCCCAAUGUCGCCAAAUCCACCACAAUGAUUCAUCCAUUUCAAAGUCAAUCGUCGACGGGUACAAAGCUAAUUGGCGUAACGGCUCCUAUGCAACAACAACAACAUCGAAACAACAGCAGUGUCAAUAUGAACAACUCCAACAACCAGUGCAAUAGCAACUCAAACAAUAGCAACACUAACGAUAGCAAUAUUAGUAAUACAAACCUCAUCAAUCAGGGUCCAGCUACAUCAUCACCGCCACACCUUCAAAAUCAACAACAUCUCCAACAACAAGGAUCGUCUUUGUCCUUGUCUGGUGGAAGUUCUGCGACGUCAACGCUGCAGACGCAAAAUAUACAAGCAAUGCCAAUGACAAAUAUGAAUUCAGCUGGGCUGAAUACGAAUUCAGCUUUGCAAAACAACAACCAAAUGCAACCGCAAUUGAUGCAACAACAACAGCUGCAGCAGCAACAGCCACAGCUACAGCAAACAACAACAGUAUCGCGUGUUCAGACAAUUCAGCUAACCCCUGAACAACAACAGUUGCUAAAAACCGUUCAAAUGCAUAUUCAGCAGUUGUCAGCAAAAAUGCAAAACAAAUCCUUGCUCUCGACGUUGAAUAUACCAACAGAUUUGGAUACGCACAAUCCCAUCUAUAGUAAACCACUGCCAUCUUUGAAUAAUCUGCAAAACAUGACCGACUCGGAGAUCUACACAGCUCUGCAGGGGCUCUUCAUUGAACAACAGAGAAUUCUGGCGUCGGGAAAGUUAAUUCCAACGCCGGGCAAUUUUGUUUCAGGUCAAAAUGGAAGUUUGACACUGAUUCAACAACCGACAUUCUCAAUUCAGCAGCAGCAGCAACAACAACAACAGCAGCAGCAACAACAACAGCAUCAGCAGCAACUGCAGUCUCAACCGCCACCAUUGACAACAGUAACUUCUGAGUUGCCGCAAAAGAUUGUAGGGAAUUUUGAGAGCAAAGUGACUUCGACAAGUUCAACAGCACAUAAUAUUGGAAUAGUCCGUUCGGAAGGACAAACUAUACCAGCGAAUAUUGUUCAGCCGAAUAAUCACAAUACCACCGUGAUUCCAUCAUCAUCAUCAUCGUCGUCGUCGAAUCCAUCAUCCUCCUCCUCAUCGACUCAGAGGAUACACAUCUAUCCUAUGCAGCACCAUCAACAACAACAGCAGCAGCAGCAGAGUAAACAAAAACAACAUAUUCAGCAGAAGCAGCAAAUCAGCAUACAAACCCAACAUCCCCAGAAGCAACAACAGCAUGUGAUAUCGAUAUCAAAAGAUGGCAAGCACACAAUUACCAUUCCACAUCCCCAGCAACAACAACAGCAACAGCAGCAGCAGCAACAAUUCAUUCAAAUAACAAAACAGCCGCUGCUUACUCAGUCGAGUGUAAUUCAGCAACAUCUAAAUCUCAAUCUCAGUCAAGCCAAUGAAAUGCCAAAAACCAUCACUGCAACAACAUCGACUACAGUACAAAUGAAUUCGGUGGUCAGCACCAAAAUGGAGACCGACUCGAAGACAAUCAUUCAGCCGGUGAUUCAGCAGAAACAACAUCUUCAUAUCCAACAACAGCAGCAGCAGCAACAAUUUCAAAAUCAAUCUCUACAACAACAGCAGCAGCAGCAACAACAACAACAACAGCAACUGCAACUUCAACCUCAACAGCAGCAACCACAACAGCAGCAGCAGCAGCAGCAACAACAACCGAAUUGUAGCUUGAUUCCACUGACUCAAAGUAUAACAAUCUCACCAGUGUCCUCGACGACCACCACCACGUCCACCACAACAACAUCCAUAUCAUGUGCGAGUACGGUGCCAAUUGAGAGUCCCAAACCGAAAGUUGCCCGCCUAUCUUUAUUUAUUCGUCAGUUGGAAGUUGAUCAGCAUGGAUGCCUCAAUCCUGAUUAUGUUAAUCCAUUUCAGAGUAAGGAGGAGGCUGUUAAAAGGCUCGUUCGAUAUCAUUGCAUGUAUGAAAAUGAUGAGGAAAUACCCAGUGAAGAGGAAUUGGAAUUUGAGAAUACUGCAAUGCAAUUGGAGGAUAAAUUCAAUGAUAUAGCUGCAAAGUACAAGAAACUGCUUCUCUUUGAUUCAGUGCGCCAUCAUAGUACCUCUGAGAUGUGCCAAAUCAAUCAUUUACUUGUCAAGGAUCUGCAACAAGAGCUACUCGAUAUGCGUGCCGAAGCGUUUCCCCAGAACCAACAUAAUCCAUUCACGCACAGCAACAGCAUCAUAUCUAAUCCUCUGAGUGCUGUUAGCAGUUUUAAGCCAAUCAAACGUGAAUUUGAUAACCAAUCAAACGAUUCUAGUCGCUCCACUCCUAUCCAACAUCAACUCCAACAACAGCAACAAUCACAUCACAAUUCAAGUCAAUGGAAACAGCAUUUCGAGCUUAUCAGUAGCAAUAGCAGUUGCAGCAGCAACAGCCAAGUAAAGAAUGAAGUCAAAUCGGAACCAUCUGAGUAUGGUGGUAGUGGCGGUGGUGGCGAUGGUGGUAAUUCGAAACUGAACUUCCAGCGUCGCCUCACGCCAGUUCUAAGCAAUUCGACAAGCAACGGUUUGCAGUCACCAUUCCUCAAACAAUACUGCAACAUGAGCAUCAUCAAAAAGGACGACAAGGAUCAGGUGUUCUAUCCCUGCAGUAAGAUGACUGCGUCGUCGGCCAGUUUGCAUUUCAACGGAAUCAAAAAGGACGAGGAUGAUGUGAAGAAGGAGUACAUCGAGAACUUCGACAUUGAGUCGGAGAUCACGCCUAGUUUCAUUAUGAAGAAGGGUCACCAAAUCAUGCAGCAACAAACUGCAAAUCAAUCCUUGCACAUGCAGAAUACCCUCACCAGCGUACUGUCGUCAUCGUCGUCAUCGUGUGCCUUCAACAAUCUCAAACUAAACAACCGUGGAGAAAUGCCGUUGAGUGACCUGCGGGCAGACUUUCAGGUCAGUUGCUUUGCAGCUGCCACUGUGGGAAAUUCUGAGAGUGGUGCGUUCAAUAAUGGCAACUCCACAUUUGAACCGGACAAAAAGCAGGAAUCCUGCGACGAAUGGUUGUGCAUCCAGAAGGAACUGAAUUUAAUAACCGAGAAGAAGUCAGAGCAACAACUUCAAGCUUCGCGAGCUGGUAGCUCAGCAGCACAGCUGGUCGAUAUCUUCGAGAACGCCACAAGUCCCAAGGACUUAUCCGAGCUAUUCGAAAACGGUAAAGAUCAGCAGGAGGGCGCCCACAGCAUUGAACACCUCUCGGAAUUCUUCAAUCCCGAAUCAGUGAGCAAUAAAUCGGUUGAGAACCGUUUGGAAGCGAUGUUUGGCGAGUCACCGGUUGUCGAUAAAGGCGAGACCACCCAGGACAUGGUUGAGUCUGGCCUUGAGGAGCUGUUCAGUGAAUCACAAUCACCAGCAGCAUCCACGAAUUGCAAUGUCAUUCACACCUCGCAAAACUUUAACCCAGUUACUGUGGUCGGAAGUGAGAGCUCCUCAGGUAUUCCCUCGGAUAAAACUCGUUCGUGGACUGGAGAGUUGAUUGCACCGGCUGCUAGUUCAUCACCAUAUCUCCAAGGAAGUGCCACUCGGCGAGUGCAAACUCAGCCGAGCUCUUGCAAUUUCGUGGAACAACAACAAACCCACCAGAUUCAAAUGUCCAACAAUCCCCAAUGGAUGCAAACGAUGGAGGCUCAAUUCCAUGAGUUUAUGUCUUCGUCAGUGCAAGACCAGCAAAUUAUGGUUAAUGGUGGAGGUGGAGAUCCAUCCGAUGGGCGCAAGCGCCAGUGGAACGGAGAUCUACUUGACCAAGCUCACCAGGAAAUCAAAAAGAUGUGCUUCACUGUGGGACCAAAGACGGACGACCAGCAGCUGGUCGAUCCGGACCUACUCAGCCUGCAUGAUCCCACCGCAGAAUUGAUCCGACACGCUGUCAGCAUGCAACACAAUUCGGUUAUGAAUGUGGAGAACGGCCCUGGAGGCUUUCAGCAAAUGCUCAAUCUCCACCAGCAGCAACAGCAACAACAGCAGCAAUUCCAUCGUCAUCACCUGCAGCAAAUGCAUCACUCACAAAUGCACGGCGUUGGUCUCUUGGACGCCAUGGGUAUGGGUGUUGCUGGUCAAGCGAACCUCAGUGGAGGCAGUAGUGGAAGUUUGUCUUCGAAUUUCGACGAUGACAUCAGCCGACACGUACAAAAUGCCAUCGAUAGUAUAUUGAACUUGCAAAACAGCGAAGGAGACUCGCUAACUUUCUCAUUGGACCAUUCCAUGGGAUCGUUUCUUAGCGAGAGCAUGCUCGAACACAGUCAACACCAUCAGAGUUCGGGGGCUCUUAACUCACACUGUGCUUUAACUAGCAGUGGUGUUCAGGAUCCAUCGGACUGCAUGAUCAGUGGCGGAGGACCCAAUGCCACCGGUGACAACAGCAACAUGAUGGUGGACUCUCCGUCAUCAUCUGUGAUGUCCGGUUCGACUAAUGGCGGAAGUGGUGGCAGAACUGAUGCAGGAACAACUAGUAACAACGUUAAUGAAGUCACAGAUUUUAGCUGUGUAGGUGGUAUGGACGAUGCUGUAAAGUCGAUUAUGACAUCUUGACAGAUGUCAGCUGCCAAUGUGAUAAUGGAAUUCAAUGCUGCUGCACUUUGAAUAUGAAAAAUGAAAGCGUCCAACAACAACAACAACAAGGGUAUAAAAUAAAUGGGUUGUUUUAUUUUUUAAAUUUAAUUUAACAUUAUUUUUAAAUUUUAUAUUAUUAUUUAAGUUUUAACAUAUAAUAAUGCCUCUUAAAAUUAUUUAAUAGAGAGGUAAGGGUGUCGUCCGUCUUCUUAGAAAACAAAGACAAAAAUAAAAACAAAAAGUUUCGACUUAACUUUCUAACAAUCUCUGUGUUCAUAUAACAUUUUGUAUUCAUUCUUAAUAAUUGCAUUCCUUGCUGUUUCUUUUUUUUUAAAUCAGUUUCUUAACGUGAAGUUGAAAGAAAAAGAGCAGUGUUUUUUUGUUUUGAGUCCAUAUCGAGGUGUUGUUAAAAAAGAUGUUAGUCAAAAAUGUAUAGGGAAAAAAUUGCAUGUUUUAGAUCUCUGGUUAUAACUUCUUUAUACAUAGGAAGAGUCACACUGUAUAAAUUAAUUCAUUUCAGAUUGGGGUAGAAAUAUUUAAACGUGAAAAACUCUUAGGUAGUCAAUAUAAUGUAACCGUUGCAACUUUUUAAAAGAAGUUCAAAUAACAAUAAAAUGCUUUGGAAGAUUAUUAAUUUCGGCUCAAUCUCUGACAUGACUCACACACAGGAAUUGUUGAGACUUGUAAGCCACUCGGCCCAGGUUCUCUAUGGACUGUUGCGGCACCAAAGACUUGAAUCUACUCAGUCCAUGUUCUCUAGGACUGUUGCGUCACCUAAUAUAUUUAUUUUAAAAGGAUUUUAGAGAAAAAAUAUGAAUUUUUUCUACAGCUAUUUUAGUCAUAGUUACUAAAGUGGAAUGUCACUACUUCGUUAAUUCAUGUGCUAGGUAAUAAAAAAAUAAAUGUAAUGUUUUAAAAAUGCUCAAAAUCGGAUUCUGAAACGUGUAAUUUUGUUUCUUUAGAAACGAACUGAAACUGAUUUAUCACACCAAUAUAUUGUCUAAAGUGGGACGAUGGACUUCUGAAAUUUUUUCCGAUCUGGGGUUCUAACUGAACGCGCGCCUUUUGAUUCUGAAGAUUUUUGCGAUCUUAUAUAAUAUUAUUAUACUAGAUACAGCAAUGGCCAAAAUAAUAACAACACUUACAGUAGGCAAAUAUUAAAAAAUAUUAGUGGUAACAUAAUAAUAGCAACACUUGAUUAAUUUAACACAACAUCACAAUUUGAUAACCAAUGCUUUUUUUAAUUUAUUAGCAAUGAAUAUUAAAUAUUUCGUUGAAAACCCUUUAUUUUUCAACACUGCAUCCAUUCGAUUUGGCAUAGAGUCUACCAACUUCUUGCACUUUUCUUGUGGAAUCGAAUACCACAAUUCUUGGUAGGUUUAUGCUUACUAACCUCAACCUUCAGUUCAUUUCAGAGGUUCUCAAUGGGAUUUAGAUCCGUUGAUUGAGAAGGCCACUCCAUUAAGUUCAAUUUGUUUUGCUGACACCAGAGCUUUGUUGAUUUUUCCGUAAGUUUAGGGUCGUUGUGUUGUUGGAAAUGCUAUUUAAGUGGCAUAUUUUCGUCAGCCUAUAAGGAAUAUUGGACCAACGCCUUCCAAAAAAAAAACAACCCCAUAACAUUAAGCUGCCACCUCCAUGCUUCACGGUUGGUUUUGUGUAAGGAGCGUUGCUAUUAUUUUGGCCAUGGAUGUAACUAUGUUUCAAUGUAAUCCAUUUUCAAGAAAACUAAAAUUUGGCAUUUGAGUACAUAAUCAUGUGAAUGCCUCUUAUGUAGAUUUAAAUUUUAAAUGGAGAAGCGAAUGUUUCAGCUUUUGAAAAUCACUAUCGUGUCAGGCAUUACUCUUUUAAACCCGUAGACAAAGAAAUAUGUUACGAGUGGCCGUACUGAAUUAUGCCUAAUCGUAGGCAGCACGUACUAACGGGGUGGAAUGCGUAGGUAAUCAUUAACCAGGGUCUAUUCUGUAAGUUUAGUUCCAUCGUUAAACCUUCUGAAGCUGGCGUAUGUCCCUAUUAACACUCUUGUAGAUAUCAGAGCGAGAUGUGAGUUUUUCAGUACUUUUAGGUCAAAUAGUUGUUGAUAACUAUUUUUAGACCAGAUUCAGCGCCAGUUAAGAGUGGUAGAUGUGAAGGCCACUUCCUCUACCUCAAGUAGUGUUGAUAGUUCAUUGCGAAUUGUACUGGUGUUAUAUUUACUUGCUUUUGUGAGGUGUGCCAUUUCCAGAGAGUACGAAUCGGUUAUGACUUGCGCGUCAAAUUAAGUUAAAUCUUUUACGUAAGGCAAAAAGGAUUUAAAUCAAAAAUCGGCCACACUGACAAAUAUGAUUUUUGUCUGUCUUAUUGUCUAAGAAUUAUAUGUUUUUAUUUUUGGUCAAUGUUCUGUUAAAUUUGCAGUUUCUCCUACAAUGGACCUUUUUAACACACCUCACAAGUGUUCGAUGGGGUUAAGAUCUGGGGAUUGCGGUGGCCAUGUCAACAUUGUUUAGCCGUGGUCUGUUAAACAUUUUUGGGUGAUCUUGGCACUAUGCCAUUGUCUUGCUGGAAGACAAUGUCCGAAGCUUCAACACCGAAUUUUACCAGCGAUUCAAUCAAAUAACAAUUCAAAAUCUCAAUAUAAGAUGAUAACGUCAUACGUCCUUGAAUAUUGUGUAUACUUCCCACUCCUCUCGCCAUCAAACAUCCCCAGAUCAGAACGGAUCUCCCACCGAACUUCAGAGUAGGUUUAACGUGGUGUUUUCCAUACCCACUCUCUUCCAUCCGAGCCCACACGGUUAAUUUUGCUCUCAUCCGACCAAAACACUCUCGCCCAGUUAUCCAUUGUCCAAGAAGAAUAUUUUCUUGCGAGUUCCAGCCUCAAUUUUUAGUGUCGUUUAGUUAGAAGUGGUUUUUUUACUUCGGCUCUUCCUUCCUGCGAACUGUUCCCGCUGAAAUGCGAAUGUUUUGGUCUUGGUCCAGAGCUUGCUUGAUUUGAACAGCAUUUUGAAAUUUGUUCAUUCUUAAAUCUUGAACAAAAUUCCGUCCUUCGACCGAAGACAAGAUUCGCUUUCGCCCAACUUUGUUUUUGCGGGGUAAAUUUUCGAGGUUUUGCCGAAUUUUACUGAUUAGGUCAUUUCCGUAAUUUUUCGGUGUGGUACUCCUUUGCUCAAAAAUUCUUGUUAUUUUUAUUAUUUUAUUGUUCGAUCCCAUCAUAAGAAAUCUGAAUCAACAACAUUUUCACUUAAUUAAUUAACCAAACUAAGCACUGAAUAUUAAUGAACUCUUACUUCACUUUUUUUUAUUAAAUUAAGAUCAAUAAAUAAGAAAUAGAGUCUUUACGAUCUAACUCACAAAAAUGAUCACGAUGCAACAGUCGGUCAUAUAGUAAAACUUACUUUUGAGUAAAGGAUAAUAAAAACCGUUAUAAACUGUUAGAAGAGAAAAUUAUGUAAGGAAUAAAUUACCUUACAAUAAGAAAACAAUUAAAAUGAGAGCAAUUAAAGAGAAUUUGUAUUUUGUUUAUGAUAAGCGUGACUAAUUUUGUGAUUCACUGUAUGUAUUUAAAAGCUACGCAUAGUCCAAAAAGUCUCCGUAUAGCAGUCUAAUUUUAGGGUUUUUUUUUUUGAAAAAAAAGUACUAGGAAUAAAUGUAAAAACCAAAGUGGUAACAUUUAAAAAAAAACAGUUUCCAUCUUAACCUUUUUAUCAAAUUUUAAAAAAUUGUGAUUGAUUUUCAAAAUACUUGUUUUUAACAUAUUGUUAUAUUAAAUAUUUUAUCUCAGAAUCAACAAAAGGAAAGCUGCUGUACGGAUACUUUUCGGACUAUGUGCAUAUAUGUAUGUAUUGGAUUAUUUCUGAACACAGAACUUAUAACAGAUUCGAAUUGAGGACAAUUUAAUUCAUUUAAAAAAAAUUGCCUUGUUUGUGAGACAGACAAAAAUCUGAAUACUUUUUAAAAUGUUUUUCCACUUUCAAGAUAUCUCAUAAUCUUAAGUAGGAUCAGGUUUGAUUACUUAAUUAAAUGCUUAAUUACAGUUCAUUAGAAAUUUUCUAAAAAUCCAAAUGUAUUUUCAAAAAUUCGGAAGUUCAAUACAACUUAAUGACUCUUCAUAGUUUAAUCACACAUUGAGCUUGUGGACGAGAAUUCAAUUAAUAGGAGUAACAUUAAAUAUCUUCUUAAAAAUAGUAUUCUUGGUGUGAUGGUUAUUGCGACGGACUUUUUAACUAGAUGUCUUGGAUUAAUUUCUUGGCUGUGCCAUCUAAAGUGUUUUGUGCACUGAUACUGCUUCUUGCGAGGAAUUGGUCGCAUUCACAAAGCUAGUGGCUACGUAGUCAAAAUUCAACUAGCUUUUUUGAAUGCAAAACUACACUACAAAGCUAGUGAAUUUGGAACUGUCAUAUUAUUGACAAAUGCAAAUAUAUAAAAUAAGAAACAUUUUUUAUCUUUCGUGUUUUUAAAUUCAAUAAAAUCAAAUUAAAGACACAAUUUGAUAGAUUUAUAUUUGUAUUUAAAUACUGCACGAUUUAUUUCAUUUUGAAUUCGUGUAGUUUACCGAGCAGCUGAUUGUGAAACUUCAAAAUCAUUCUCCACUAACUUUGUAGCCGAAUUUUUUUUACUACGUCGAAGGGGAAAUUCCAACUACUUUUGUAGUUAGGUUUAGCCAAUCAGAAUCCCUUGACUACGUAGCCACUAGCUUUGUGAAUGCGACAAUUGACAAAUGUUCCAAGUGUAAUUCUUGUCAAAAAAAGUGCUUUCUGACAUACACUUGUGCUCAUGCAUUUAGGCCACUCUAGUGAAAAAAUGUAUUUAUUCAAGGAAAGGUUCGAGGCAUGAUCAUUUUAAAACUUAUUGUAUUUAUUAAAUAAAUAAUUCAUAAUUUAAGUCUCUUAAAUAACUGCGAGUUCAGAUUCUCUGCUCGAUAAUCAUUAAUUUAGUCAACACAUACUCGUAACUAAGCCAUCUGCAAUUAAGAAUCAAUGCCAAAGAUAUGUUUCACCUUUAUUAAAGCUAAUAUUUCGUUGGAUAUCCUUUUUGUCGUAUAACUUAAGACAUCUGUUGGUCAUUGUACCAACUAAAGCCGCACAUUAAGAGGGUGUUAUUUUAUUCCACACCUGUUGGAUAAUUUCCCACAAAGAGCUCCUAUUCAUGGGUUUUCUUGCUGCCACUGCCUUUUUUAUAAUACCCCAUAUAUUUUCUAUGGGGUUUAAAUCGGGGCUCUGAGCUGGCCAUUACAUAACAUUUAAUUUAACGACCCAGGAGCAAUGCCCUGUACAUCUCGCCAGUAAUUUUUCCACUUACCUGUACAAUUGGGCCAACGCCGGAUGCAGUGAAACAUCCCCAGACCAUUACAGAAGACCCUCCUAGUUUUACGGUUUUUUUUUUGUGUAUUUUGGAUCUAAUUCCUUUAAUAGUGGACGUCUUACAUAUGGUCUACCAUCGUUUCCAAACACUUUAAUUUUGAUUCAUCACUCCAAACCACCAAAUUCCAGAAUCGAGAACUUUUUUAAAAAUUAUCUUUGGUAAAUUUCAGUCUUCGAGAAGUAUCCUUUUUUGACAGGUUCGGUUUUCGCCUGUUGAUUCGUUCAUUCAAGUUUUUUUCCUUAAAGCGUUUUCGGAUCGUUUGUGCUGAUAGCACGACGUUGUUAUUUUCUUCCAUUUGUGCUCUUAUUUGAGUUGAAGUUAGAAAAGGGUCUUUCUUGCUAAGCCUGUCAUCAGCAGGAGUGGUUUUUCGUGAUCUUUUUCAGGAUGAAUUCUCAAAAGUAUUAUUUUGUUUGUAAAUAAGCAAGUGCAUUUCUUACUAUGCCCCGAGGAAAACCUAGUGUUUGGGUUACUUUUAAAAUAUUUGUCUCCUUUUGGAAGCACUCCCAAAUUUUUUGCCUCCCAGUUGGGUUGGAACUUUUAUUUUUCCCCAUUUUAAUGAAAAUGUUAUGAAUUUAAGGUUUACAUACACUAAAAAAAAUAAUUUAAUUAAUUUAUGAAAGAAAGUCGAUCCAAAAACUAUUUUUUACCACAAUUUAAAAAAAGACUUAAUUAUAUGAGCACUCUAAUCGACUGUUUUUUAUAAAUGAUUUGAAAUAAAUGACAAGGCUUUGCUUACAACCUUACCUUGUCAUGUGAUUCUUAAAGUAAGAUAACGGAAUUUGUUAACUGUUAUGGUCCAAUCAGUAUAAGAGUUGCAGGAAACUAAUAUUUUUAGUUGCAUCGUGUGAUUAUUGAUGUAGCUUAAUUGUGUGGGCACAAGUGUAAUUCGUUAAGAUUUGGCAUCAAAACGAAGGUCCCCUCUAUCCUCCCUGACAUGACGCACUCAAAGAAAUAAUUGAGAGUUGUAAGUCACUAGACCCUAUUUCCCAUAAAAACAAAAUAUCUUAUCUUAGAAGUGUGUAAUUACCAUUUGAGUACGUUCUUUGUACUUCCAUUACCUGCGUUAACUAUCGCCUUAGGCUAUCAUGCAACAACAUUCUCUAUUUGUCUUGUUGGCACUACAUUUAAUCUUCUUGGAACCUUAAAGCAGUUAAAGAGACACCGUAUGGACUCCUAUUUCAAAUGUUCUUCUUUUUUUAACUCAGUUCCUUCAGAUUUUAAGUUUGAAACUUAAUGAUUUAAGGUUUUUUUUUGCUAAAGCGCUUCACUUAUGGACUCAAAAUUAUAUUUUUAAAAAACAAAUACCGUAUAGUUAAUUAUUAUUUUAACAGCAAAACAACCCCAAAUUCUCUGACGUUAUUACAAAACCCAUAAUCAUACUCAUCAAUAACAAUAAUAACAACAACAACACCAAAGCACGCAAUCAAAUGAAACUUAAAUAGUGGCGAAUUAUUGAAUUUCAAACAAUCCAAUUAUCUGUAAAAAAAUAAAAUAUGUAAUGUAAAUAAUGUAGUAGGUGUAUGUAUGUAAAACCACGACGUGACUGUUUUCUUUUCUUUUAUAUUUUUAUAAACAUUGAUUUUUCCAAAAAAACAAAAAAACAAAAACUCAAAAACACAUAACAAAGACCAGUUCAAAACAAACUUACAAAAAGAUUAAAAAAACAACCAAUCGUUCUCUAAUUUUAAAACACAAAAAAAGGUAAGAAAGAACAAAAAAGAAAAAAAAACCCAUAAUUUAAAUAUUUCUAUAAUGUUUAUAAUAAUAGUAAACCAUACCAAAACGGAAAAAAUACAUAAUCUUGUAAAUAUUGAGAUCGAAAAUACUUUAAAUGAUCUCUUUUUUUUGAAAAUAAAAACAAAAAAACAACAAAACCUAAAAAACUUAUAUGUAUUUUUAAAAAAUUUAACUCACAUUUUCAAGUACUUUAAAUUACUUGAGAAUUGUACUACAAACAAAAUAUAAAAAUAUACAUAAACAUACUUCAAAUUAUUCACAAUGUUUCUCAAAAAAUUUAAAAAAUUAUAAAAAAAAUCAAAAAAAAAAACAAAAAAAAUUGCAAUAAAUCAGAAUUUUCUAUCAAAAGUAGAAACCUAAUACAAACAAAUCGAUUGCCGUAAAAUUAAUAACAAAUAAAAGUCGAAGUUUUUAUCAAUGUGGACAAAAAUUAUCAUAACUACGUAAUUUUUUUUAAAUUAA